AUGAAUUUAUAAACUUUAGACUUAAAUUUAUCUAAGUCAAGGAUUGAUAAUGAUGGUAUUUUUAUGAUUUCUAAGGCUUUUGAAAAACUAGAGAUCAUUAAUAAAUAAUCUCUUGAUUUUGAUUUUAUUGAGGUAGAAGGAAGAUUCUUUAUUAAAAUACAUCAGCUUUAGUAUAGAAAAGAUGAAAAAAUUAUCUUUAGUUCAUAUAUCUAGCAAAAUAAGUGA